CCAUCGUUACCCUGCGAAACUCCCCAGACACUUUGGCCAAUCAAGCGGCCCCUCGCCUCAGUUUGUAGCGGAGAGAGGUUAGCCAGAUGACGCAUGAUGACAACGCAGAGACGCCGCAACACUGGACCGCUUUGCCAAGUCAGCCGCUCGCCUCAACGCCUGACUGCCUGCCCGCCUGGGCUCGAUAUUCCCCAUCCCAUUCAACCCCCCCAACGCUCCAACUGCGCAACCAUCACAACUUCCAUCGCGACCUCUCCUUUGCUAUUAAUAUCAACCAAAAAUACAGGGGCGCUCUGCACGUUCUCUAGACUAAGUUUGCCCUUGCUUUGGCCGCCGUGCCGCCGCGCGGCGUGUUGUCCGCCAUGCUGAAGCUGUCGCAGCUCGUCGCAAGCAGCGGACUCAUCCUUCUCGGGCUGGGAAGCGCUGUCGCCAACGACCUGUACACACCGUUACACGAAGCUGGCCGCUGCGCAAUUCGAGGCCAUUGCGGGUCCAAGAGCUUGUUUGGCAGCCAGCUGCCCUGCGUCGAUAAUGGCCUUGCCGAGGAACCCGACGACAAGCUGCGCCAGCAGCUCGUUGAUCUCUGUGGCCCGAAAUGGAGCUCGGGCCCGGUAUGCUGCCAGACCAAGCAGGUCGAGUCGCUCAAGUCGUCGCUAUCCACGGCGAACCAGAUCAUAUCGUCCUGCCCGGCCUGCAAAGACAACUUCUACAAUCUUUUCUGCACCUUUACCUGCUCCCCCGACCAGUCGCUAUUCAUCAACGUGACCCAGAUGGUGGAGAAGAACGGUAAGAAUCUGACGACCGAAUUGGACCAGCUGGUAUCUAAAGAGUAUGGAACUGGCUUCUACGACAGCUGCAAGGAUGUGAAGUUUGGCCCGACAAACUCGAAGGCGAUGGAUUUGAUUGGAGGAGGCGCGAAAAACUACACGGACUUGUUGAAAUUCUUGGGCACGGAGCGCUUUGGCGGCUCGCCUUUCCAGAUCAACUUCCCCGUCGAUUACGCAGAACCGAAGAUGGAGCCGCGGCCCAUGGUGCCCAAGAAGUGCAACGACGAGGACCCGAACUUCCGUUGUGCCUGCAUCGACUGCCCCUCCGUAUGCCCCGAACUCCCUGAUGUUGUGCAAGCAGGGUCUUGCCAUGUCGGUGUCUUGCCAUGCCUGUCGUUUGCAUCCAUUUUCACCUACAGCGUGCUGCUGUUCUCUUUUUUGGUUGCCGUGGGUGGUCAUGUUGCGUGGCGGAGGCAUGCUAAGCGCAGGAGCGAGAGACUUCGGCUGCUUACAGACGCUACCCCUAGCGACGACGAGGACGAAGGGGAUCUUACACAAAACGGAGCCAUGUUCGACCGUCCACAAAAGACAUACGUGAUCAACACGUGGUGCGAUGCUGCUUUCAGCCGACUGGGGCAUGUCGCCGCAAGAUUUCCAGCCGUCACCAUUGUCAGCUGCCUUCUCUCCGUGCUUCUGCUGAGCGUGGGCUGGUACCACUUUGAGAUUGAACAAGAUCCCGCACGCUUGUGGGUGAGCCCGACGUCGGCAGCGGCGGAGGAGAAGGCCUUCUUUGACGACAAAUUUGGGCCUUUUUACCGGGCAGAGAAAAUCUUCCUCGUGAACGACCUUAACCUAUCAGGACCGGCACCUGUCUUGAGUUAUGACACGCUUAUCUGGUGGAUGGGAGUUGAAGAGGCCGUCCGGGAUCUCAGGGGUCCAAAGACCAACAGCUCUUUCGACGAUCUCUGCCUGAAACCUACCGGCAGCGCUUGUGUCGUCCAGUCCGUUGCUGCAUAUUUCCAGGAUGACCCAGAAGCUGUCGACCCGGACGGCUGGGAGCAGACGCUACGGGAAUGUGCCGCGUCUCCAGUAGAAUGCCGUCCCGAAUACGGACAACCACUCCAGCCUAACAUGAUUCUUGGGGGUUUCCCCGAAGGGAGCAGCGACCCUACCGAAGCAGCUGCCAUGACCGUCACUUGGGUCUUGAACAACAACAAGGAAGGCUCUGAUGAAGUUAAACGCGCCAUGGAUUGGGAACAAGUGCUCAAGAAUUACCUCCUGGAGACUGUCCAGGAGCAAGCGAAGGAUCGAAACCUCAGACUGUCAUUCUCUACUGAGAUCAGCCUUGAACAGGAACUCAACAAGUCGACGAACACGGACGCCAAGAUCAUUGUCAUCAGCUACAUCAUUAUGUUCCUCUAUGCGUCGCUUGCCCUCGGCUCUACUACGCUGUCUUUCAAAGAUUUCAUCCGAAACCCGGCCAUAUCCCUGGUAGAGUCCAAGUUUACUCUGGGCGUGGUGGGCAUCCUGAUCGUGUUGAUGUCCAUCACCGCAUCCAUCGGCCUCUUUUCCUGGUUUGGUCUCAAGGCCACGCUCAUUAUUAUCGACGUCAUACCAUUCAUUGUCCUUGCCGUUGGUGUCGACAACAUCUUCUUGAUCGUUCACGAAUUUGAGCGCGUGAACAUCAGCCACCCGGAUGAGGUGGUCGAGGUUCGCAUCUCCAGAGCGCUUGGACGUAUGGGGCCCUCGAUUCUCUUCUCGGCCGUGACCGAGACAAUAUCCUUUGCGCUGGGCGCAUUCGUGGGAAUGCCCGCUGUCAGGAACUUCGCAGUCUACGCCGCGGGAGCAGUAUUCAUCAACGCAAUCCUCCAGGUGACCAUGUUCAUCUCGGUCUUGACGCUGAACCAGAUCAGAGUUGAGGAUUCCAGAGCCGACUGCUUCCCGUGUGUUCAAGUCAAGUCGGCUCGGAUUCAUCUCAGUGGCAGCAACGGUAAUCAGGGAGCCCGAUACUACGAGGCGCCAGAGGAAAGCCUUUUACAGCAGUUCAUCCGCAAGAGCUAUGCUCCUAGACUUUUGGGCAAGAAGGUCAAGGCUGCUGUGAUUAUCAUCUUCCUAGGGAUAUUUGCAGCCGCUGCCGCACUCCUCCCCGAAGUCGAGCUUGGCCUGGACCAGCGCGUGGCCAUUCCCGAUGACUCGUAUCUGAUUCCGUACUUCAACGAUCUGUACGACUACUUCGAGGCCGGUCCGCCUGUUUACUUUGUUACCCAGGAAUUUAACGGGACUCGGAGGGAAGACCAGCAGAAGAUUUGUGCGCGCUACACAACAUGUCAACAAAUGUCUCUCACCAAUAUCCUCGAACAAGAGAGGAAACGGCCCGAUGUAUCGUAUAUUUCAUCGACAACGGCCAGCUGGAUUGACGACUUUUUCCAGUGGCUUAACCCGGACAACGAGGCCUGCUGCGUGGUGAACCGGAAGCCCUGCUUUGCCAAACGAGAUCCGGCUUGGAACAUUACCAUGUCUGGCAUGCCCGAGGGGACCGAAUUUGUCGAGUAUCUGAACAAGUUCCUCAAGUCUCCGACUGAUGAGGACUGCCCACUGGGAGGACAAGCCUCGUACGGGACUGCCGUCGUUGUCGAUGCCGAAAGGGACACAAUCCCAGCCAGUCACUUCCGAACCAGUCACCGGCCUCUCCGCAGCCAGGACGACUUCAUUAAAGCCUACGCCUCUGCUCGCCGCAUCGCCAACGAUGUUAGCGCGCAGACGGGAUUGGACGUGUUCCCAUACAGCAUUUUUUACAUCUUUUUCGACCAGUAUUCGACCAUUGUUUCUCUCACCGCUACUCUUCUGGGAUCGGCCAUCGGAAUCAUCCUCAUCGUGUCGGCACUUUUGCUCGGCUCUGUGCUUACGGCGGCGGUAGUGACGCUGACCGUUUUCAUGGCCAUUGUCGACAUCAUUGGUGCCAUGGCAGUUAUGGGUGUUUCUCUGAACGCCGUCUCACUGGUCAACCUGAUCAUCUGCGUCGGUAUUGCGGUCGAGUUCUGCGCCCACAUUGCGCGGGCCUUCAUGUUCCCGUCGCGGACCUUUAUGGAGCGAGCCAAGAACCGGUUCCGUGGCCGCGACGCGCGUGCGUGGACAGCACUCGCCAAUGUCGGCGGCAGCGUCUUUUCGGGCAUCACCGUGACCAAGAUUCUGGGUGUCACGGUUCUAGCCUUUACCAAGAGCAAGAUCUUCGAGAUCUACUACUUCCGCGUGUGGCUGGCGCUCGUCACGUUUGCCGCGACCCACGCGCUUAUCUUCUUGCCGGUGGCUCUCUCGCUACUUGGCGGCGAGGGCUAUGUCGACCCGGAAAGCGACGGCGGCCUUGAGGAGGACCUAGCCAGUCGCCGCUACAGGGCGCUUCUGCCAGACGGCGAUUCAGACUCGGAGGACGAAUAUUAGAGACCGCAUUGGUCUGCGGAUAAGGAGGUCCAUGCGCCCCAUAAAACACAAUGCGGGAAAAUGACGCUCGGAGAGUUGUAAUGCGCGCAGACGGGAAGAUCCGCAAUCAAGAUCAAGCAGCCACCUGGGUGUGGGAGGGCGAAAAUAGCUCCUGCAUUGAAUACAUGUGGUUGGCAGAGUAUUGGGAUUGACGCAUGGUACUCCGUACACGACGACGAACGAGCCCAGUGCUAUGUUCGGAAAGGGACUGUCGAUCUUCCGUUACACAAUAGUGUUUAUUUCUUUGCGUCGUUGUAAUUACGUGUAAUCAGUACGGUAACUGCGAAAUGUACACCACACCGCCGGGGGCAGCUUGGUGGAAUCUGGCUGACGAAUUUCUUCAAAAGUUGUUUAGACUAUUUCAGAUAAUUCUUUCUAUACAAGUAAGUCUAUGAUGUA